AUGCCGUCUGUAGGACUUAUAACAUACGACAUCACCCCCGUACAAGGUGCAUUGGCUAAUGCGUUCCUAAUUUUGAUCAACAGCUUGUUCUUCAAUAUAAAAUUUAUCGGCCAUCUGAGUCAAUACCCCGAGGAUAGUGCUCCUAAGUUGGUCAAUGAAGACAUAGCGGUGUUUGAUUUUAUUAUUGUUGGCGCUAGUGCCGCGGGGUGUACUCUUGCAAAUCGACUAUCGGAACAGGAAUAUUGGAGUGUGCUUCUUAUCGAGGCUGGAGAUUAUCCACAACGAACCACUGCAGUUCCUGCAUUUUACCCGACAUUCGCCCCAUCUGGAUCCGAUAUAUGGCAAUAUGUUCUCAAGAAAGAUAGAACAGUUUGUACUGGCUAUGAAGACAAAAAAUGUCGUAUGUAUAGGGGUAAACUAGUCGGAGGUACUAGUGCCAUAAAUAAUAUGCAUUAUUUGAGAGGUGUUUACGAAGAUGAUAACAAAACCGACAUUCUCUAUGAAAGCAUAGAAAACUACGCUGACGCACCCAAAAAGAAAACAAAUGUUCCAAAAGGAGAAAUUCACCUGGAAAAAGUUUUACAAAAUAAUACAGCUUUGAGGGGAACUUUGAUUGCGGCCUACCACGAAUUGGGACUCAGUGAAGCUCACGAAAAAUCUUUGUUGGGUGUCAGACAUGUUCCUUUAACUAUAAAAGACGGCGAAAGACACCACAUGGCCAGAGCCUUUUUGACGCCGCUCAAAAUUCGUUCGAAUUUCUUCCUUGCUAAGAACACUUUGGUUCAAGGAAUUGUUAUGAACGAUCCUCUAGACAAAAGGGUAAAAGGUGUAAAUGUAUCUCUCGAUAAUCAUAAUUUUUUUGUGCAAGCUCGUAAAGAACUUAUUCUAACAGCCGGACCUAUAAAUAACGCCAAAUUACUAUUGCUAAGUGGCAUAGGCCCAAGAGAUUACUUACUUAAAAGAAAAAUUCCGCUUGUACUAAACAUGCCUGGCGUUGGCAAGAAUUUGAAAUUCCAUUUGGCAGUGCCACUAUUUUUUACAUCAAACUUAAAUGAGGAUCAAACAGAAACUGAUUUUAUUCAAGACACUUUCAAUUACGUUAUGUAUCGUAUUGGCAAUUUUUCACAUACUGGUAUAAACGAUCUAGUAGCAUUUAUGUCCACGGAACCCUAUCCUAAUAUACCAAACAUAGCUGUAUUUCAUAACUAUUUCAAAAUAGGCGACAGAAUGUUAAAAAUAUGGUUGGAGGGACUGUCUUUAGACCCAAAAAUUGUUACAAACAUCAUGAAAGCGAAUGAAAAACAAGUAAUUAUAAUGCUAACUUUGACGUUGUUAAGACCGCAGUCAACUGGUGAAGUGAAGCUCAAUGAUACUCAUUUUCAUGGCAGCCCCAACAUCGAAGGACAUUUCUUUAGUGAUCCAAUUGGAAGUGAUUUAUUAGCCUUAACCAAUGCUUUCAGUCGAGUCAACAAACUACAAGACAGUCCAACAUUUCAACAACUCAACAUUGAAUUUAUGGAUAUAGUUGUUCCGGAUUGUAGAAACUACGCGUUUUGUAGUAUCCACUAUGUCAAGUGCUACAUUAAAAGUAUGGUCUAUCCCACGUCGGAUAUAGCAGGGUCACUGAAAAGAGGUCCGGAAUGUGACAGUAGUGCCGUAGUAAAGGCAGAUUUUGAAGUUAGGUACAUCAGAUGUUUGCGAGUAUGCGAUUCCAGUAUCCUACCGCAUCCGGGAUUGAGUAAUACGGUGGCGUCGGAUGCGGCUAUGGCUGUUAAGCUGAAUGAAAUUUUGAAGGAAAAAUGGAUUAAGAAUUAUGUUAAGAAUUUCACCGAGCCAUAA